GGGGGGGGGCAGUGUUAGGAGAAGAUGGCUGCCUGACUAGCUACCUGAUAGCUACCUCAAUGCACUUGUCUGCUUCGUAGACAGUACAUUCAGCAGGUUCGUUCCCUAUACCGGUAAUUGGUAGGCCGACAUCUAACGGGUACUCUACUAUGCAUAGCUGGCCAGCAAGUACAGUAGCAGCUAGCUAGCUAGAGAGAGCUACCAGUACCGAAGCUCAAAGCUCGUCCCAUCAUUCCAAGGCCAACUCUCAAGUUUCUACGGGCGCUGAGCCUUGGCCUCAAAUAAUUACAGUGAUGUGGUCAUUGGCAUUGGUUCCGGAUGACUCAAGGCGCCAAAAUACUUGCUCGGGACUGGCAUCUCGCACGCCUCAAAAAACGAAACAACACACAAACAACCACAACCCACACCGACAACACAAAUUGAAGAGAGUGCUCGAUAACAAUUUACCUCUUGUCCAGUGCUGGAGGAACUAUACUAUACCAAGCAGAACAACAUGUUUUCCCGAUCCUUCUUGGCACUCGUGACAGCGCUGGUGUGGAGCCUUUUUCUUGUCUCCACUGCAACCGCCAAGCACGCCCCGAGCAGCCGCUGCAAUGUCUACGAUAUAUUGGAAGACUGCAAAGAUCAAGUGUACAAAAUUACCAAAAAAGGCAAAAAGUCAUUGGGAGAAUUAGACGAUUAUCUAAUUGAUGAGUGUCAGGGCAUGAAAGGUAUGAUUGUUGCCAAGUGCAUCAUGAAGUACCUGUGCAUCAAUCAUGGAGAAAAGGCUGUCCGGCGAGUGGAUGAUUGCGUUCGGGGAGUUUGUCCUUUGGCCAAGCAUCUGCCUCCAAAGUUGUGUCACAAGAGACGGUUGGGAGGAAAAGCUUCGUUCAUUGAAGACGUAUUGGAAAAGUAACUCGGAUCCAAGAGGACAAAUUGCAGUGUGGGGAUGUCAACCUGUCAGUCCACCUCUGUGAAUUCAGCUUUCAUAAAUCAGUUGGCCGGUCAAUCAAUCAACAAGUCAAUAAUCAACACCCCAGCAGUUCACAAUAUCAAUGUGCCAGCCACCCUCUGUUCGUUCAGUAAUCAAUUGGCUGUUUAAAAAGUUGUUGCGUUUGCACAAGGAUAGUUCCAAUCCACUGAAAUUUAGCACCGGUAGUAUCCCGGGUAGCAUUAGAUGGUCUGGCUAGAGAGCUGAACUUCCAAUUCCACCAUUCCAAAGUGCCAUCAACUAACUUAUCGAUACUCGGUGAGCCGAAGCGUUGGCGUUUCUACUGAACCAACCAUGUAGCUUGUGCCAUAUGUUGACAGGACGUGCAUUCCACAAAUGUUUCUUCGUAGCUAGCUAGACGUUGGAGGCAAGUCCGAGCAAAUCUGUGAAUGAAUGAAUGAAGCAGCUAGUAGUCUAAUAAGUAGUAAUUCAAAUCAUGGGUCACGGUUUGCGACCAAAGCUACUGGUAUCACUCGGGAACUUAUUAUGAAGAUCGAAUGGUAGUGGCAAUGAUCAACCUGUUUUGUGGAAUUGGGCUCGUCAGCCACUUAUUCCCGACCCCCCACGUGUCAGUCCAGGGCUAUCCACUCUAUCCCUUGCUAGCUACGGCAGUAGCUAGCUGAUAGAGCCAACGAAAUGGAUUCACUGUCAUGUAAAACCAACUACUUGCAACAGCUUGAAGUACAUGCAAUCGAUUAGUUAAAAGAAUUGAGUUAAAGUAGAGAUUAAUGUUCUCGU